AUGUUCUCUGCCAUGCUGGUGGACGCCUACCGUGAUGAACACCCCGGGAUCCGCAUCGCCUACAGGACGGACGGUCACCUUCUGAAUCAACGGCGGAUGCGCUUCCAAUCACGCGUCUCCACAACCACAGUUCACGAACUUCUCUUCGGCAAUGACUGCGCCCUGAACACCACCUCGGUAGAGGAGAUACGACGGAGCAUGGACCUCUUCUCUGCCGCCUGCGAGAACUUCGGUCUGGUCAUUAACACGCAGAAGACGGUGGUCAUGCAUCAACCGCCACCCAACACAGCCACUCCUCCCAACGCGCCGCAAAUCAGCGUGAACGGAACCCAACUGCAAGUGGUGGAGAACUUCCCGUACCUGGGCUGCACCCUCUCCCUUAACGCCAAAAUCGAUGACAAAGUCGCUCGCAGGAUCCCGAAAGCCAGUCAAGCCUUCGGCCGCCUCCAAAGGACAGUCUGGAAUCGUCACGGUCUCCAACUGAGCACGAAGCUGAAGAUGUACAAGGCCGUCAUCCUGCUGACGCUGCUGUCCGGAGCGGAGAUUUGGACAGUAUACACAAAGCAGGCACGUCGACUGAACCACUUUCACCUUAGCCGUCUCCGUCGCAUCCUGAAGCUGAACUGGCAGGAUCUAGUCCCCGACACUGAUGUGCUGGAACGGACGGAAUCCUCAGCAUCCACACCAUGCUGGGACAAAUACAGCUGCUUUAGAGCGGCCACCUGGUGCGCAUGGACGACGAGCGACUACCCAAACGACUCUUCUACGGAGACGUCGCGACGGGUUCUCGCCGCCAAGGAGGCCCAAUUCGUCGAUACAAGAAUACGCUGA